AUGUCCGACAACGUAGGCCUCUCCACCCCGCGAGGCAGCGGCACCUCAGGCUACGUGCAGCGCAACCUGGCCCACAUCCGGCCCCGCGACAGCGGCGCGCCCUACCCGCCGCGAGGGGGCGACGACAUGCCGCGCCACCGGCAGCGGCAGCCGGACCGGGGGAUCCUGGAGCACGACCGCAAGCGCGCGGUCGAGGUCAAGGUGCUGGAGCUGCGCGACGAGCUCGAGGACGAGGGCGCGCUGGACGACGACGAGAUCGAGGAGCGGUGCGCGGCGCUGCGGUCAAAGUUGCUUGCUGAGGGGGCGCGGGGAGGCGGAAGUGGUGGUGGGGAUAAUAACAAGAAUGGGAAGAAGGGCGCGCUUAAGAUGCACCAGGUGCACGAGAUGGCGGACCAGAAGAUCCGCGAGAGCGAGAGGCUUAGGCGGGCGCUGAAGAUCAGUCGGGAUUAUGAGGAGGGCGGGCACUGGAAGAGGCAGGAGGACCGGGCGGCGAAGGCGGCUGAGAGGGCGGAAGGGGAGAGGUCAGAGGGAACGAGGGAUGAGAGGGACUGA